AUGCCGUCAUCUACACCCGCAGACGAGAAACGGCAGCGCAAGAAGCUCCAGAACCGAGUAAACCAGCGAGCACGUCGUCUGCGCCUCAAAAACAACCACCAGCAACACAAGGACCAACCUACCCGUCCAUACAGCGUCCACCGCUGGCGAGUCUCAGAACACGAGACAUCACCAUCAUCACCAUCAACCUCACUAACCAAACACCACUCAUCCCCCCUAUCCCAAACACAUUCACAAACAACCACUGAACCCUCCAUACCAACCUCGCCAUCCACCCCAAGUAUCCCCCCCGACCACCUCCUCCACCUAAUAACCCACAACGUCUUCCGCGCCCUGUACACCAACAAAACCCUCCUGUACAACCACUCCACAGCCCUCCUGCCCGGCCCAACCCCCAACUCAUCCAUCCACCUCAUCCACGAAGGCCUCAUCUUCCCCAUCUACGCCACCACCAUCCCCAACUCCCACCCCUCACCUAUCCCCACAUCCCUCUUCCCCACACCCUCCCAACGAACCCUCACCCACUACUCGUGGAUAGAUCUCGUGCCGUGGCCGCGUAUGCGCGAGAAUUUGAUCAAGUGGGAAAUGUGCUUUGAUCAUGGGGAGUUCGUGAGGGAUUUGGUGGGGGGGUAUGUCAUGGAGGGGUGGGAGUUGUUUGAUGGUUUGCAGGGGCAGGAUGUAAAUGGGAGGAUUGGGGAAAGGGUGGUGGUUGAGGUUGAUGGGGAUGAUGAUGGUGAGGUUUCGGGAAAUGCUACGAAUGGGUGGAUUGUUUGGGGCGAGCCGCAUUGUAAGGAGAGUUGGGAGGUGACGCCGGGGUUUUUGAGGAAGUGGGGGUGGGUGGUUGAGGGUUGUACUAGUCUACUGAGAAAGAAGCUUUCGAUGAUCAACUAUACUGGGCUGAUUGAGCAUCUGUGGCAUAAUACUACUGGGGAGUACAUCACAAUGGGCUCUCUUGCUAUUAGUGCAGCUCACAACUGGGCUCUGUCAGAAGUGGUCAUUGCGAAAAAGACUGGUGUUAUGAAAGAGUCAAUUGACUUGGCAUAA